GCUCGUGAUACGCAAGACUGGCCCAGUUGGGUCGCUCCACGUGUUUCUUGGGCACCUCCCGCACCGAUCUUGAUCCCGCGAGCGUCUGAGACGAUCGUCUGGCGUGAUGUUGCUUACCGCUUCUUUGUGUUUGGCCCAACUGCAGCCGGCAAGGGGGCUAGGAUCGGGCCUUACAUCGAUCAUGAUCAUGAUCUGCCGAGCGUGCAAGGAGGGGUGGGUGUCAUCAUGGGGAAAGGCUCUCGGUUGGAGCUGCUUCUGGUUUGCUGCAUCUGCAGAAGAAAGGCCGGGUCUUCCUGCGGGGUAUCUUAAGGAUCACCAACACGCAGCUGGCGCCGUGGGUUUGCACACCCCCGGCCGAGCGCAGGGAAGGCAUUACAGGACAGGCAUCUUCACCGGUCGACGAGGUAGAAGGACGACUCCCACUCAUCCAAGGAUGUCGAUAUGUCGGCCGUGCGAUGUCUCGUCCGACGUGCCGUCCUGUGCCCCGGCCGAGACCGGUCAGAUCUAUCCGGUGCGAGAUUCGGUGCCCGUUGCGAGUGUAUAAACACUGCAACAGACCGGUUGCGCAGAUCGAGACAUCAUAUGCCAUCGCCCGAAUUGGACCCUUGUGCUACAGCCGAAGCUGGGUACAUCCUGGCGAGAGUGGUGGAAGAGCAGAUGCUUCUACCGUAGCCACCCCGGGAAUCUGGUCCGGUGUUCGUUUCGUGUGCCGACGCUCAUUUCGGCCUUCCGAUGGCCACAAGCUGGGAAAACUUUAGCGCUGACUUGACGAGCUUGUGGAGUUGAUCACAUGGCAAGUCGAGAUGGCAAAGCCCU